AUGGGUAAUAAAAAUUCACAUUCAAAACAAGAACAAUUAGUGAUAAAAAAUAUACAAGAAUUUAACCAAAUAGAGUCAGAAAAAGAAAGACAUGAAAAGUUAUUAGAAUAUUAUUUCUCGAAUGAUACCGAUUCUAUUGAUAGAUUUCAUGUGUUUCAUUUUCUUAAACAACAUAUAUUUCAAAGUAAUUUUUCUUCCCCGAUUGAGGAUAAAUUAAUUAAAGGAGAGUAUAAGGUUUUAGAAAUUGGGUGCGGCCCUGGUACAUGGUUAUUAGAUUUAUCAAGCAAAUACGACAAUUCUAAUUUCGUAGGAAUUGAUAUUGAACCAAUAUUUCCACAAGAAAUAAAACCAAAUAAUGUUGAAUUUAUCAAAGCGAGUAUAUCUAAUGGAUUAUCGUUUGGUGAUAAUGAAUUUGAUUUUACACAUAUAGAAUUAUUGAGACUUUUUUAUACAGUAGAUCAAUGGGAUUUCAUUCUUACUGAGCUCAUUAGAGUAACGAAACCAGGUGGAUAUAUUGAAGUAUCUGGUAGACGUAGAGAAAAUGUUGUCAGAGCUCCGAUUUUUUGUAAAAUUAUGGAUACAAGUAAUUAUAUUCAUUUCUUGUAA